CGACUAUUCAAAACCGGAAGCAUUGUCUCAUUGCAUCAGGCAGCGCUGCGUGCUCAUGCGGCGUCGUUCUUUACCUCUUAUGCUUUGCCUCCUGGCUGACGUCUUUUUCGUGUUUCGUUCAAAGUAGCGAUGGCCACUUUGUAUGCGUCCCCUCACCCUGACGACUUCAGGAGUCUUCUGGCUCUCCUAGUUGCUGAGCUGUCCCCAUCCUCUUGCAUCAAGACCAUCGCAGAGGAUCCUCCCGCCUGCCUCAAUGCUCGCUCUAGACCCACUCUGGUGCUGAGCUCAGGUGAAGGGGACACGGUGGUGAGUGGGGCCAAUGCCGUGGCCUGGUACCUGGCUCACCAGGGUAAGAGGGCUGGCAUGGAUGCCAAGCAGCAGAGUCAGGUGUGGCAGUGGCUCAGCUUUGCAGACAACGAGCUUAUUCCUGUGUCAUGCGCUGUUGUCUUCCCGCUCAUGGGCAUGAUGGGGAUGGAUAAGAAGCUCCAGCAAAGUUCCCGUGCAGAGUUGUUGCGUGUCCUGAAAGUUCUUGAUAAGAUGCUGGAACCAAGAACAUACCUUGUGGGGGAGAGCAUUACCCUGGCUGAUAUGGCUGUAGCUACAGCUCUUCUUCUACCCUUCAAAUACGUGUUGGAGCCAUCAGACAGGAAGGUCUUGCCCAACCUUACCAGAUGGUUCACAACCUGCAUCAACCAGCCACACUCCCUGAAGGUCCUGGGCAAGGUCACACUGUGUGAGAAGAUGGUGCCAGUGACAGUCAAGGCAAACGCUGAUCCCAAAGACAGCCCUCCAGCUCUUUCUGCUUCUGACCCUGCUAGAGAUGCACCUAAUGGCCCGACAAAGACAGAAGCCCAGUUGAAGAAGGAGGCAAAGAAGAGAGAAAAGCUGGAGAAGUUUCAACAGAAGAAGGAAAUGGAGGCCAAGAAGAAGACACAGCCAGCCGCGGAGAAAAAGACCAAACCUGAGAAGAAGGAGUUGGGCGUAAUAACAUACAACAUUCCUACUCCCAGUGGGGAGAAAAAAGAUGUCAUCAGUGUGCUCCCUGACUCGUACAGCCCACAGUAUGUGGAGGCUGCCUGGUAUCCGUGGUGGGAGAAGCAGGGAUUUUUCAAGCCUGAAUAUGGGAGGAAAAGCAUUAGUGAUCCAAACCCCAAUGGCAUCUUCAUGAUUUGUAUCCCGCCACCCAAUGUGACCGGAUCACUUCACUUGGGUCACGCGCUCACAAACGCCAUCCAGGAUUGUCUGACCAGAUGGCACAGGAUGCGAGGAGAGACCACCUUGUGGAACCCUGGCUGCGAUCACGCCGGCAUCGCCACCCAGGUGGUGGUGGAGAAGAAGCUCAUGAGGGACAGGGGCAUGAGCCGCCACGACCUGGGCAGGGACAAUUUCAUUCAGGAAGUGUGGAAAUGGAAGAAUGAAAAGGGAGACCGCAUCUACCACCAGCUGAAGAAGCUGGGCUCCUCUCUGGACUGGGACCGGGCAUGCUUCACAAUGGACCCUAAACUAUCCUAUGCGGUGCAAGAAGCUUUUAUCCGCAUGCACGACGAGGGGGUGAUUUACAGGAGCAACAGGCUGGUCAACUGGUCCUGCUCUCUCAACUCUGCCAUCUCUGACAUUGAGGUGGACAAAAAAGAGCUGACAGGCAGAACAUUGCUACCUGUCCCUGGCUACAAAGAUAAAGUGGAGUUUGGUGUGCUGGUUUCCUUCGCCUACAAGGUGGACGGCUCAGACGAGGAGGUGAUCGUGGCGACCACUCGUAUUGAGACCAUGCUGGGGGACACAGCUGUGGCCGUUCAUCCCGAAGACUUGAGAUAUCAGCAUUUGAAGGGGAAAAUGGUGCUGCACCCCUUCUGUGACCGCAAGAUGCCUGUUGUUUUUCACGAAUUUGUGGACAUGAGCUUUGGGACAGGUGCUGUCAAAAUCACCCCAGCUCACGACCACAACGAUUACGAGGUUGGAGUGAGACACAGUCUGCCCUUCGUGAAUAUCUUGGACGAGAACGGCUCGCUCAUUAACGUACCCCCUCCCUUCCUGGGUAUGAAACGUUUCGAGGCCAGGAAAGUCGUUCUUGAGGCGCUCAAGGAGAGGGGCCUUUUCAGGGAGAUCAAAGACAACCCCAUGGUGGUGCCGGUCUGCAGUCGUUCAAAGGACAUAGUGGAGCCCCUGUUAAAGCCACAGUGGUACGUCAGCUGUGCAGACAUGGGCAAGCAGGCCGCAGACGCUGUCAGGGACGGACGCCUCAAAAUCACCCCCGAGCAUCACCUCAAGACCUGGUUCAAUUGGAUGGACAAUAUAAGGGACUGGUGCAUCUCCCGGCAGCUGUGGUGGGGUCACCGCAUCCCUGCAUACUUCAUCACCAUCAACGAUCCCUCCGUGAAACCAGGAGAGGACGUGGACGGUCAUUAUUGGGUGAGUGGUAGGUCAGAGGACGACGCCAGGGAGAAGGCGGCAAAGCGCUUCAAUGUGACUCCUGACAAGGUUAAACUCAGACAAGAUGAAGAUGUUCUGGACACCUGGUUCUCAUCUGGAAUUUUCCCCUUCUCCAUCUUUGGGUGGCCUAAUGAGACCCAGGACCUGAGUGUGUUCUACCCCGGCACCUUGCUGGAGACGGGUCACGACAUCCUGUUCUUUUGGGUGGCUCGCAUGGUGAUGAUGGGUCUCAAACUGACCGGCAAACUGCCCUUUAAAGAGGUUUAUCUGCACGCUGUGGUGAGGGAUGCCCACGGAAGGAAGAUGAGCAAAUCUUUGGGCAACGUCAUUGACCCUCUUGAUGUCAUUACUGGAAUAUCCCUGGAGGGUCUGCAUGCACAGCUGACGAGUAGCAACUUGGAUCCACUGGAGGUGGAGCGAGCGAAGCAGGGCCAGAAGUCGGACUAUCCGAAUGGCAUCCCAGAAUGUGGCACAGAUGCUCUACGAUUUGCUCUGUGCGCCUACACGAGCCAGGGCAGGGACAUCAACCUGGAUGUCAAUCGCAUCCUGGGCUACCGUCACUUCUGCAACAAGCUGUGGAACGCCGUCAAGUUUGCCAUGAAGACCCUGGGGGCCAACUUUGUUCCCUUGGAGAAAGCCCAGUUGUGUGGAGAGGAGAGUGUCAUCGACAAAUGGAUUCUGUCCAGGCUGAGCGCCGCCGUUGCUCUCUGUGAUGGUGGCUUUAAGGCCUACGACUUCCCCGCCAUCACCACGGCCAUCUACAACUUCUGGCUGUACGAGCUGUGUGACGUCUACCUGGAGAGUGUGAAGCCUGUGUUCAGCAGAACAGAAGAUGACGCCAGCAGCCACAAACAGGCUCUGGUGUGCAGACAAACCCUCUACACUUGCUUGGAGGUCGGCCUGCGUCUCCUCUCCCCCAUCAUGCCCUUUGUCACAGAGGAGCUCUACCAGAGGUUACCACGGCGACGGCCUCAGCAUGACGCCCCCAGCAUCUGUGUGACGUCCUACCCCAGCACUGAGGAGUUCUGCUGGAACAACGAUGAGGUGGACCGCAACAUGGACUUUGUGAUGAGCGUGGUCAAGACCAUCCGCUCUCUGAGGGCCGACUACAACCUGACCAAGACACGAGCUGACUGCUACCUCCAGUGUGUGGACUCCUCCACAGUGUCGCUGGUGCACAACUACAAGCUUCAGAUCCAGACUUUGUCCUACUCUCAGGCCGUCAUCCCGCUCUCUGCUGAGGAGUUAGUACCAGAAGGCUGCGCUGUGGCCAUCGCCUCCGACAGGUGUACUGUCAACCUCAUGCUCAAGGGUCUGAUUGACGUGGAGAAGGAGGUGUCCAAGCUCAUGUGCAAGCAAGGUGAGCUGGAGAAGCAGAUGGAGAAGCUGCAAGAAAAGAUGGCAAAGAGCGACUACAAGGAGAAAGUGCCAUUGAAAGUGCAGGAGCAGGAUGCUGACAAGUUGCGACAGAGUCACACUGAACUGGAGAAAGUGAAAGAAGCCAUGGCCAACUUCGAAAAGAUGAUCUAACACCUCAUAAUCACGAUUUAAAGUAUUUUUAUUUGCCCAUCAAGUUGAUGGUUGGUGUCAAACAAAUUUGAUAAAAAUCAUGUGAUGGAUGGAAA